UGCGUCCUACAGAUGUGCUGUAAACAUCAAAAGAAGACACUGGGAGCAGGAGAUGCUGUUUUGGAAGGAAGUAAGGCUUAGAUUUCUUCAUGUUAACCAUGAGUGUGACACUCUCCCCACUGAGGGCACAGGACCCGGAUCCCAUGGCAACAGAUGCCUCACCCAUGGCCAUCAACAUGACGCCUACUGUGGAGCAGGAAGAAGGAGAGGGGGGACAGGCCACGACAAACGUUGAUGCUGAGCAGCAGUAUGGAAAGCCACCCCCUCUGCACACAGCAGCCGACUGGAAGAUUGUCCUGCACUUGCCUGAGAUUGAGACCUGGCUCCGGACGACCUCAGAGAGAGUCCGUGACCUGACCUACUCAGUCCAGCAGGAUGUAGACAGCAAGCAUGUGGAUGUGCACCUAGUUCAGCUCAAGGACAUUUGUGAAGAUAUCUCUGACCACGUUGAGCAGAUCCAUGCCCUCCUUGAGACGGAGUUCUCCCUAAAGCUGCUGUCCUACUCGGUCAAUGUCAUUGUAGACAUCCACGCAGUGCAGCUGCUCUGGCACCAGCUCCGUGUUUCUGUGCUUGUUCUGCGGGAGCGCAUCCUACAAGGUCUGCAGGACGCCAAUGGCAACUACACCAGGCAGACUGACAUUCUGCAAGCUUUCUCUGAAGAGACAAAGGAGGGCCGGCUUGAUUCUCUCACAGAAGUGGAUGACUCAGGGCAGUUAACUAUCAAAUGUUCUCAGAAUUACUUGUCUCUGGAUUGCGGAAUUACGGCGUUUGAACUGUCAGACUAUAGUCCAAGCGAGGAUCUGCUUGGUGGCCUGGGUGACAUGACCACUAGCCAGGCCAAAACUAAACCUUUUGACUCUUGGAGCUACAGCGAGAUGGAAAAGGAAUUCCCCGAGCUUAUCCGGAGCGUUGGGCUGCUUACAGUGGCCACCGAGCCUGCCCUUUCUGGUGACGAAGCAGCCAGUGAGGCCUCAUCUCAAGUGUCUCUUUCAAAAGAGCACAAGGGUGAACCUGAGGAAGACAAUGCUCCCACCGCUGGAGAGCAGCGAGGCUCAGCACCUGCGAUGGCCUCCUCAGGGGACAAGCUGACAGACGCGGUUCAAAGCCCUGCAGAGACUGCCAAGCAAGACCCCAGGUCCGCUCCAACGCUUGAUGAGAAAAAGCCCCAGCUUGUUCCCUGUGAAAUCACGACUCCCAAGAGAUCUAUCCGCGAUUGCUUUAAUUAUAACGAGGACUCGCCCACGCAGCCCACAUUGCCCAAAAGAGGGCUUUUCCUAAAAGAAAUUCGUAAGAAUGAGUGGAAAAGCAGUGAAGGCAAGAGGCAGCUGGUUGACCUGAAGCCCGAACUGAGCAGAAGCACCCCCUCCCUGGCAGAGCCCCCUGACAGAUCCAAGCUCUGCCUGAUCCUGCAGUCUUCCUACCCCAGCAGCCCCUCUGCCGCCAGCCAGUCCUACGAAUGUCUGCACCAGGUGGGCAUUGGCAACCUGGAGAACAUAGUCAAAAGCCACAUUAAAGAAAUGUCUUCCAGUUUGGGAAGGCUCACUGACUGCCACAGAGAGAAAGCUCGGCUGAAGAAGCCGCAGAAGACCCUGGCCGAGGAACCUCUGUGCCGAACACCUAAAAGGGGCAGCGCUUCAGGGAGGCAAGCGGAGGUCAGGAGUCCAGUGGUGCCUCCUGCAGCAUCCACGGCCGCCGGGAGCCCAGAGGCAGAUUCCACCAGUGCCCAAUUGCCAGUGCAGCCGGAGGCCUCCACUUCACCGGCAUGCGCUCACAGCGGCGACUCCUCUGUUGGCUCGGACAAGACCAAUUCUCCAGUUGCUCUGCUUUCUAGAAACGAAAGCCAAGGAGACUCCUCCCCUGCUCCGAGUCACGGCACACAGAACGGCCAGGUAGUGGAGGCCUGGUACGGCUCUGAGGAAUACCUAGCGCUACCCUCUCAUCUGAGACAGACAGAGGUGUUAGCUAUGAAACUGGAAAACCUAACCAAGCUUCUGCCCCAGAAGCCCAGAGCAGAGACCAUCCAGGAUAUUGAUGACUGGGAACUGUCUGAAAUGAAUUCCGAUUCUGAAAUCUAUCCAACCUACCAGAUUAAGAAAAAUCACACACGGCUAGGCAGGGUGUCCCCAAGCUCAUGCAGUGACAUAGCCUCCUCUCUUGGUGGGAGCAUUGAGUCUGGGCCCCUGAGUGACAUUCUUUCUGAUGAGGACUGUAUGCCUCUCUCUGGCGUGAAAAAAUUCACUGAUGAGAAAUCAGAGAGACCUUCGUCCUCUGAGAAGAAUGAGAGCCAUCCUGCUACAAAAUCAGUUUUCAUUCAGAAACUAAUACAAGAUAUUCAGCACCAGGACAACUAUGAAGCCAUAUGGGAAAGAAUAGAGGGGUUCGUGAGCAAGCUGGACGAGUUCAUUCAGUGGCUAAAUGAAGCCAUGGAGACCACUGAGAACUGGACUCCACCUAGAGCAGAGACGGACAGCCUUCGGCUGUACCUGGAGACACACCUGAGUUUUAAGUUGAAUGUAGACAGUCACUGCGCCCUCAAGGAGGCCGUGGAGGGGGAAGGACAGCAACUCCUGGAGCUCAUUGCGUCCCACAAAGCAGGGCUGAAGGACAUGCUGAAGAUGAUUGCAAGUCAAUGGAAGGAGCUGCAGAGGCAAAUCAAACGGCAACACAGCUGGAUUCUCAGAGCUCUGGACACCAUCAAAGCUGAGAUACUGGCUACUGAUGUGUCUGUGGAGGACGAGGAGGGGACGGGAAGCCCCAAGGCGGAGGUUCAGCUCUGCUACCUGGAGGCACAAAGAGACGCCGUGGAGCAGAUGUCCCUCAAGCUGUACAGCGAGCAGUACACCAGUGGCAGCAAGAGGAAAGAGGAGUUUGCCGACAUGUCUAAAGUGCCUUCGGUGGGAAGCAAUGGGCUUCUGGACUUUGAUUCAGAAUAUCAGGAGCUCUGGGAUUGGCUGAUUGACAUGGAGUCCCUUGUGAUGGACAGCCACGACCUGAUGAUGUCAGAGGAGCAGCAGCAGCAUCUUUACAAGCGUUACAGUGUGGAAAUGUCCAUCAGGCAUCUGAAAAAGACAGAACUACUUAGCAAGGUUGAAGCUUUGAAGAAAGGUGGCGUCUCACUACCAAAUGAUCUCCUGGAAAAAGUCGAUUCAAUUAAUGAAAAAUGGGAACUGCUUGGGAAAACCCUAAGAGAGAAGAUACAGGACACAAUGGCAGGACACAGUGGGUCGGGCCCACGGGACCUGCUCUCUCCAGAAAGCGGAAGCCUGGUCAGGCAGCUGGAGGUCAGGAUCAAAGAACUGAAAAGGUGGCUAAGAGAUACAGAGCUUUUCAUCUUCAAUUCCUGCCUGAGACAAGAGAAGGAAGGAACGAGCCCUGAGAAACAACUCCAAUACUUUAAGUCCCUCUGUCAUGAGAUCAAGCAGCGGCGUCGAGGAGUGGCCUCCGUCCUGAGGCUGUGCCAGCACCUUCUGGAUGACCGGGACACCUGCAAUCUGAAUGCAGACCAUCAGCCCAUGCAGCUGAUCAUUGUAAACCUGGAGAGACGGUGGGAAGCCAUCGUCAUGCAGGCUGUCCAGUGGCAAACACGGCUGCAAAAGAAGAGAGGACAGGAAUCCGAGACUUUGAAUGUGAUCGAUCCUGGCUUGAUGGACCUGAAUGGAAUGAGUGAGGACGCCCUGGAAUGGGAUGAAACAGAUAUAAGUAACAAACUAAUUAGUUUGCAUGAAGAAUCAAAUGACCUUGAUCAAGACGCAGAGCCUGUGAAGCUCGAAGAGACACACGAGGAGCCUGGCUAUGAGGAGGAGGCCGGCGGCUGCGGAGGGUCUCCGUUUGCCUCAAACAUCGCUGCACCUUCCAGCCCACACGUUUACCAAGUGUACAGUCUUCACAACGUUGAGCUCCACGAGGACAGCCACGCUCCGUUCCUGAAAAGCAGCUCCAAGCUUCCAGGCACAGCACAGCCUACUAGUUUAACCAAGAGCCUCAGUAAAGAUUCUUCCUUUUCAUCCACAAAAUCAUUGCCAGAUCUUUUAGGGGGAUUCAGUUUGGUGAGGCCUUGCCCAUGUCAUAGUGGAGACAUGAGCCAGAAUUCAGGCAGUGAGAGUGGAAUCGUCAGUGAAGGAGACAACUCUGAAAUGUGCUUGUUCAGUACGGUAGAUGGGUCUCCAAGUAACUCUGAAACUGAACAUCUGGGCCCACAAAUGGGAGAUGCAGUCAGCAUGGUAGAGCAAAAAUUUAAAGAUGAGAGGAAAUGCAUUAAGCUUCGAAGUAUCUCUCAGGCACCCACCUCACCAGUGGGUUGUGUAAAUGGAAAAGCUGGAGAUUUAAACAGUGUUACCAAACAUGCUCCUGAUUGUUUGGGAGAAGAAUUACAAGGAAAACAUGAUGUGUUUACAUUUUAUGAUUACUCAUACCUCCAAGGCUCAAAACUCAAAUUACCGAUGAUAAUGAAACAGUCACAAAGUGAAAAGACACACGUGGAAGAUCCCCUUCUUUGUGGUUUUUAUUUUGAUAAAAAAUCCUGCAAAUCUAAACAUCAGGCUUCAGAGUUACAACCAGAUGCGCCUCCCCAUGAAAGGAUUUUGGCAAGUGCACCCCACGAAAUGGGUCGCAGCUCAUAUAAAAGUAACGACAUAGAGAAGACAUUCACAGGCAUUCAGAAUGCCAGACAGCUCUCCCUUUUAUCUCGUAGCUCAUCUGUAGAGUCCCUUUCUCCAGGGGCUGAUUUGUUUGGAUUGGGAAUCUUUAAAAAUGGCAGUGACAGCCUCCAGCGAAGCACUUCCUUAGAAAGUUGGUUGACAUCUUAUAAGAGUAAUGAGGAUCUUUUUAGCUGUCACAGCUCUGGGGACAUCAGUGUGAGCAGUGGCUCAGUUGGUGAGCUGAGUAAGAGAACAUUAGACCUUCUGAAUCGUCUGGAGAAUAUCCAGAGCCCUUCAGAGCAAAAGAUCAAGCGAAGUGUUUCUGACAUCACUCUCCAAAGCAGUUCCCAAAAGAUGUCCUUCACUGGCCAGAUGUCACUGGAUGUCGCAUCUUCUAUCAAUGAAGACUCAGCAGCAUCUCUUACAGAGCUGAGUAGCAGUGAUGAGCUCUCUCUUUGCUCAGAGGAUAUUGUAUUACACAAAAACAAGAUCCCAGAAUCAAAUGCAUCAUUCAGGAAGCGCCUGAACCGCUCAGUGGCUGAUGAAAGCGAUGUCAAUGUCAGUAUGAUUGUCAAUGUCUCCUGCACCUCAGCUUGCACUGAUGACGAAGAUGACAGUGACCUCCUCUCCAGCUCCACGCUCACCCUGACUGAAGAGGAGCUAUGCCUCAAGGAUGAGGGUGAUGGCUCCAGUAUUGGAACAGAUGAUGAGAUCUAUGAAGAAAGCAGCCUGAUGUCUGGGCUGGACUACAUAAAGAACGAGCUGCAGACUUGGAUAAGACCAAAAUUUUCCUUGACAAGAGAAAAGAAACGGUGCAGUGUCACUGAUGAAUUAAAGGGCAAUAAAGAUGGAGGAAGUAAUGAGAAGGUCAAUCCCUCAGACACCCUGAACAUUGAGGCCCUUCUAAAUGGCUCCAUAAAAUGUCUGUCUGAAAACAAUGGAAAUGGCAAGAGUCUACCCAAAACUCAUGACUUAGGAACAAAAGGUGAGAGCAACAAAAAUGCUUAUGAAGUUAGUAAGGAUCCACUCGUGGCUGACAUGGAAAAUGGCAAUAUUGAAAGUGCUCCAGAAAGACAAAAGGAAAAGCCACAGACAGUUCCAGAGGCAGCGGAGAACCUUGGUUCUAAUGUGAGAAAGAUUUCUGAGCCCAAGCACACUGAGUGUAAAGCAGUAACGGACGGUUCCGAGGAUUCACGUGUCAUUGGAAAGGAAUUUGGUCUCCCAAAGGAUAGACUUCUUCCACAGAUGGAUCUAAAUAUCCAGCAUUCUGAAAAUCAAAGCACGUACUGCACGCCCGUUGAGAACUCAUGCCCAGAAAUAAUGUUAGAAACCAGAGUUGGAAGCAGACAAGACAGGGAUGGACUAAAAUCUUUGUCUAAUGAUGCACCAAGUGGGGCUAGAAAAACUGCUGGUUGCUGCCUGCUCGAACAAAAUGAGACGGAGGAAAGUGCUUCUAUCAGCAACAGCACUUCCUGUUGCAACUGUGAGCCAGAUGUCUUCCAUCAAAAAGAUGAUGAAGAUUGUUCAGUACAUGACUUUGUUAAGGAAAUCAUUGACAUGGCAUCCACAGCCCUAAAAAGCAAAUCUCAACCUGAAAGUGAGGUAGCUGCUCCCACAUCAUUAACUCAAAUUAAGGAGAAAGUGUUAGAACAUUCCCACCGGCCCAUCCACCUGAGAAAGGGGGAUUUCUACUCGUACUUAUCUCUUUCAUCCCAUGACAGUGACUGUGGGGAGGUCACCAGUUACGUAGAUGAGAAGAGCAAUACUCCAUUGCCACCGGACACUGUGGAUUCUGGCUUGGAUGAAAAGGAAGACAUUGAAUGCUUCUUUGAAGCAUGUGUUGAGGAUGACCCUGUUGAUGUGAAGGCCUGUUUCCCUAGUCCCCUUCCCAACGAGCCAGCACUUCCGGAGGAAGCUGCUAAGCCAGUACAGAUGACAGCAAGCUUUCCUGUGUUGAGUGAUGACACAGACCUGCUGGCUCUCUCAGGACCUUCCCCUCAGAAAGGAGCUGAUGACGGGAAGGAAGGAGAUGGUGUGUCCCAUACUUCCCAGGGCUGUACAGAGAGUUCAAAGCUUACAGCUCCUUCAGGAAGGGUCCGUAAAGAGGAGAGUUCAAGAAACCAAGGUGAAUCAGGGAUGCCAGAAGAAAACGCUGCUUCAGCCAAAUCGAAAAUUCAAGCUUUCCCUCUGAAUCCAAAACAGCCAAAAGGCAAGGUUGUGUUGUAUCCCAGCCCCCACACUUUAACCUGUAAAGAAAAGCUUGUAAGCUUUCAUGAAGAUCGACAUAGCAACAUGCAUAGGUAGAAUGCAACACCCCUGAGCAUGGAAAUCAUCUCAUUGAAAGAUAGCCUGGCUGCAGCUCACGGCUGGCCUCCUUUCCCCUGGGCUGGUCUUGGGUUCCACCCGGCUGUCACUGCCGCCCGCCACAUCGACGUUCUGAAGAUGAACCGUUUUUCCGAAUGUGGUCUGUCCGUGUGGGCCUUGUGAUCAGAUGUGCAUUGCUUCUCUUAGGUGACUGUCUUAGUUCCACAAAGCUGCUUGCUCUCCCAUGGAUUCCUGUCCCAAGCUACCUCUGCCAACCUUAUCUCUCCAGCAGACUUCUGUUUGUCCCUCCUCUCCCCUCCUGUUAAAGCUCUGCGGUUCCACAAAUUGAUGGUCCAUUAAACCCACUGUUUGGAAUGACACCCUCCCCCCAUCAGUACUUGACCAAUUUUAUGUUUUACUCUGAAACUUUUCAUGGUAUUAUACCUAUGUUUGUUGAAAGAGAUUUACCUAAAAAGCCAGCCAUUGAUUUGAUUGUAGAAUAGAGGGGACACAUUGGUCCUUAUUACAAAAUAAGUGAUGUUAAAAAGCACCAUUUUAAUUAUUUCAUUUUAAUAAUGAUCUAUGCAGCACUUCACGAAACAGCUGUAACAGUGUUGUAGAUUAUAAACUGGUACAUUCUACUAUUAAGUUUGUUUUGUUUCUAUGCUUCUUGAGGUGGUAAGGAGAAAAACGUUUUUAAAACAGUGUGCCUUGCUGUAUUUCUUAUACCAUUUAUUAAAAAGCUGCUCUUAUGGUAAUACUACACUGGUUUGAAAGGAGGAAAUAGCAAGGUUAAGAUGUGUGAGUAAUUUCUGUAUAUAUGUAUAAGCUAGUACAAACACUGACGUAUGGCAGUACAAAAUGCUUUCAUGUUUGUGGUAUCCAGUGAUGCGGAGAACACAAGCCUUAAACCCAUUCAAUUGCAUGAUAAUUAAAAUUGGCAUAAUAAAAAUAGCUUACUAGGGGAAAGGAAAAUUAAUGAUUUCUUCUACCUUUGUUAUUUACCAAAUUCUUGCAUCUGGGUCUGGAAAAGAGAAAAAUAUAAAUAAUAAUAAUACUAAUAAACAUGUAUCAGCUUCCAAAAUAUCCACAUUGCACAAAGGCUUAAGUUGCUUAAACUACAGACUAGGCCUGAAGCCUUCAUAGUUUUUAAAAUCUUUCUGUUUUACUGUAAACAUCCUGAAAUAGCAAAUGUUUAAAGGCCAUUUCCCCUACAUCAACAAAAUAUUAUUCUAAAUAUUUUUAUUUCUACUUGUUUUUGUUUUAAAGUUGUAUUUGGAGAUCUUUUACAUGUCCUAAUUUAUUUUAAAUAAUUAUUUGAAUGGGUUUGGUAGAUGCUAGAAAAGUAUAUAAAAUUUGACUAUUAUUUUUAUUUAAAGUAUAGAUUUCAGGUGUAUUUAUUUUAUUAAGUAAAAUCAACAGAGAAAUACUCCAUUUGGUCUUUUUUGGAUUGAAAAAGUCAUCUUUUAAUUUAUAGCAUAACUCCUACUAAAGUGCCUGACACACAGUAGGUAUGACAUAGAAACUGGCACGCAGUAGCUAUUGGUAGAGUCUGCUGAGUAAGAGUAUUGACUGAGGCAACACGGGA